AUGAAGUUUGCCUCCGCUCUCUUGGCCCUCGCUGCGGCGGAACGAAACGGCAAGCUUGACGAUGAUGGAAUCCACAUUGGUGGUGGUGCUUUUGACGCUGGCACCCCAGAGGAAGUUGCUCUUUGGUCGAUCAGAAAGUGCCGAAAGAAGAUCUGCGCCGCCUGGUCCUUUGGACGGUGCCCGAUCAACAACAUCAGCGAACUCGAUGGAAAUGCAAAAGUAUCACGUGCGCCUUGUUGCCACAAAUGCUGGAACAAGUGUCCUCCAUAUCUAGCUCGACGAUUCUUGGCUGAUUCUAGCGUCUUCCAGGACAAGGAGGUCCGAAGAUACGUCAAGGAAGAAGUCUGGAGCUUCCUUUCAGAAGAUGUCCAGUGCGAUCUCAGUCGGCUGGACGAGUUCGAGAGUCUCCAAGCAGCGGAGGUGGUCGAGGAGUCUGAAGCCGUCGAAGUCGCCGAGGGCAUGCAAAUGGACAUGGGCAUGGGUGGCGCCGCUGCUGCGCCCAAUCAAUGCGGCGAGAAAUUCGGCUGGUUCCAAUGCCACGGACACCGCGACGCGCAUUGCUGCUCAGACACCUGUCUCAACCAGCCAGAAAAGGAAUCCGGCAAGUGUGCCAAGUGCGGCUGCGAAGGACAAUGCGACUUCCGAGACAACAUUGCCGACACCGUCGCCAAGGCCAGCGAGAUGGGCUGCUACGUCUGA